AUGCACAAUUUAAUGAAUUGUUAUUAACAUAAUUCCAAAACCACUCAUAUUUGCAAUAAACUAGAUUGUAAAUAUAAAUUAGCAUGUAAUUCAUGUGUAAAUUAAUAACAUAUUGGUCAUGUUGAUACAAAUGUAACUCCCAUCUCCAAAUUUGUUGAUAGGAUCUUAUAUGAAUUUUAAAGGUAAAUGAUAUUUUAUUAACUAAGAUCAGAAGUUGAACGAUUGAAACGAAUUUAUUAUAAGGAAGACAUAAUUUAACAUAUUAAAAAAGAAUUUUAAUACUUAAAAGAGAAGACAAAUCAAAUUCUUAAUUAAAGAGAAUAGAAAUUAAUAUCACUUAUUGAUAAUUAAUGGAUACAUAGUAAAUAAUUAAAGAAUAUUAUUGAUCAUAUUGAAAUGAUGAAAGAUGGUAAAGUUUAUGAAGAAGGAUUAUAAUUAGUAUUGCCAAUAUUAUAAUAAGGAUCAUAAGAUGUUAUUAAUAAAUAUGAAAAAGAUAAAAUUAGAAUAGUUACUAAAGUAAGAGAAUAAAUUAAUUAAGUAAAAACAGUUUUAGAUGGAUUAUUUUAUAUUGGAAAUUAAUAUUAAUUAGAUUAAUAAUAAAUCAAAUUAGAAAAUGCAUUAAAAUUAGAGAAUUCACUUAAAUAAAGUGAAGACAGAUUGUUUUAGAGUGCAAUCCAAUUAUCAAAUCCUAAAGAAUAUCAUACAUCUAAACCUUAUGGGACAUAUUAAGAAUUUGUUGAUAGUUUAUAUCCUGAUAAAUAAUAAGAGUAUAUUUAAUCAAUUGAUUAUACAUCAUUACUUGCAAGACCAACUAAAUUUGAUAAUACAUAAUUAUAAUUUGAGAAAACUGAAAAUUUUUAAUUAUAUGGAGUAAUUGAUCAUUUAAAUUAUGUAAUAUCAUGUAUAAGAAUGAAAAAUGGAUAAAUUGUUACAUGUUCUACAAUAGUUUCUUUUUUUGAGUAUCCUAGUUUAAAAUUAAUGUAAUAAUUGGGAAAUAAUUAAAAUAUUAAAUAAGUGGUUGAAAUAACAUAAAAUCUAAUAGCAUUAUUGACUUAAACAUAAGUAUUAAUGUAUGAAAAGAGAAAGGAUAAAUGGAUACCUAAAGGAGAAUUUAUAACACCUAAUAUAGGAGUGAUUAAUAAAAUUGGAUUGAUCAAUGAUCUAUUCUUAAUUUUAGUUCAAACAUAAUUAAUUGUUUAUAAAUUGAAAUAAUAAAUAAUAGCAGAUUAACCAAUAGAAUAUUUAUUUAUAAAUUUAACUCCAUAAAUUUAUAUGCAUAAAUAUGAUUGUUGUAGUUUUGCAAUAUUUGAGAAUAAAUUAUUUUCAGCAGAUUUAGGAGGAAGACUUUAUUAAUGGAAAUUAGGUAAUGUAUUUCAUGUUGAUAAUGUAAUAUAAUCAAGUAAUAAUGAAAUAAUUGGAAUAAUACCUAUGCAUGAUAGUAGAAUAAUUACAAUUGGAACUGAUGGAGUUAUUAGACUAUGGGAUAAUGCAUUAUAAUUGGUUACAACAAUUAAACAUAGAAGUUCAUUUACAGCAUCAGUAGAAGGGAAAGAAUUAGAUACAUUUUAUACUGGAGAUGUAUCAGGAAGUAAUUAAAUAUUAUAAUGAUUAGAAAUUUAAAAGUGGAAAGUUACAGUGCUUAUUGAAUCUCUUAUUGAAUUAGAUGCUCAUAAUGAUUAAAUAACUGAUUUACAAUUUAAUUAAUAUUUGAUUAGUUGUUCAGCAGAUAAAAAGGUUAAGAUUUGGAUUACAUCUAAAUGA